GUUAUCCACUGUAGUUUCAGUUUUUCAAAAUCCAUAAAGUUGAAGUAGACAUAAACCCGUGCGUUACGAUUGUUUGGAGGAGAUCUACUGAAAAUGGAUCGUUGGAGAGGCAGGGUGGCACUCGUUACUGGAGCCUCAGUCGGAAUUGGAGCUGCUAUAGCCAAAACACUGGUUCAGUGUGGCAUGAAGGUGGUCGGUUGUGCACGAAACGUUGAAAAAAUAGAGAAAUUAGCAGUUGAAUGCAAGAGUUCUGGUUUCAGCGGGACACUGAUUCCCUACAAAUGUGAUUUAUCUGUUGAGGAAGAUAUCCUGUCCAUGUUUUCUGCCAUCAAAGCCUCACAUCAGGGUGUUGACGUGUGCAUCAAUAAUGCUGGAUUAGCACUCCCAGAGUCCUUGCUGAGUGGUAAAACCGGAGGCUGGAAGACCAUGAUGGAUGUGAACGUGCUUGCACUCUCCAUCUGUACCCGGGAGUCCUACCUCUCCAUGAAAGAGAGAAACAUUGAUGACGGGCAUAUCAUUAACAUAAACAGUAUGAGUGGACACAGGGUGGUGCCCGUUGCUGACGUCCAUUUCUACAGUGCGACCAAAUACGCCGUGACCGCUCUCACAGAGGGCUUACGCCAAGAGCUACGCGAGGCCAAGACCCACAUACGAGCCACUUGCAUAUCUCCCGGUAUAGUGGAAACAGAAUUUGCCUACCGGCUACAUAGUGCCAACCAAGAUAAAGCUGCUGCCACCUAUUCCAGUCUAAAGUGUCUUGAAGCCAAUGACAUAGCCAGUGCAGUUGUGUAUGUCUUAAGUGCUCCUCCACAUGUUCAGAUUGGGGACAUUCAGAUGAGGCCCACCGAACAGGUGUCAUAACAGCCGACAUAAUCUUAUGUUGCAGAUCAUACACACGUUUGUCAUAAAGUCUACAGAGCUGAGAGACACUACUCGUUGACAUGGAGACAAUGGGAAUGUAAUGAGUGCCUGAUUACUUGAUGGAACUGGAAUACACUUUUUAACAUGACAUGAUUGAAUGCACGUUUUCAAUGAAACUGAUCUGUAUUCACUUUUGCUCUUUCAAAGUCAAAGGCUUUUUAUUUCAGUAACAUAGGACGUAUAGAUUAUAUGGAUUUGAUUACAUUGAGCACGGAAAUUACAUAAAUUUUAAAAUGACCUCAAGAUGGCAUUUUGUUAAUAUUAACUAAAGGUUGCAUCAUUGUCUUUGAGU